AUGGGAAAUUCUCAAGGGAAGCCGGUGGUCUUCACCGAUGCUGUCAAUCUCAACCACUUUCGUCUCCUUCGCGUCGUUGGCAAAGGCGCCUUUGGCAAGGUCAGGAUUGUCGAGCGGAAGGAUUCAGGCUUGACCUUUGCCCUGAAAUACAUUCGAAAGGAAGAAGUGGUCCGAUCUGAAAGUGUCCGGAAUAUGAUCAGAGAAAGACGCAUGCUGGAACACCUCAACCAUCCUUUCCUAUGUAACUUGCGCUACAGUUUCCAGGAUAUGGAAUAUAUAUAUAUCGUUGUCGACCUCAUGAACGGCGGUGAUUUACGAUUCCAUAUCUCGAGGAAAUGUUUCACAGAGGAGGCUGUUCGUUUCUGGGUCGCUGAAUUGGGAUGUGCAUUGAAAUAUAUUCACUCACAAGGCAUCGUUCAUCGUGAUUUGAAACCAGACAACGUCCUCUUGGACUCCCAAGGCCACGUUCACUUGGCUGAUUUCAAUGUCGCGUCUGAUUUCAAGCCUGGAAAACCUUUGACAAGCAAAUCCGGAACGUUGGCAUACCUAGCCCCAGAAGUCUAUGAGGGAAGCGGAUAUUACAGCGAGGUGGAUUGGUGGUCAUUAGGUGUGACAUUUUAUGAAUGCAUUUACAACAAGCGUCCGUUUGAAGGUCGCAGCCAGGAUGCCCUCAACGAGUCCAUUACCAAAGCCCAACCAAAGUACUACGUCACCAAUCCUGCCGUAUCGGUCCCAUGCUUGCGAGCCCUGUCCGCCUUAAUGGAAAAAGACCGAAGCAAACGAAUCGGAGCAACUGGCUUCGAAACCUUCACGUCACACCCGUUCUUCGCCGAGAUUGACUUCGAGGCUUUAGUAAGAAAGGAAAUCGACCCAAUCUUCACCCCGUCAAGCGACAAGACCAACUUUGACGCAACCUACGACCUAGAAGAGCUCCUAUUGGAAGAGGCGCCAUUGGAAGCACGCGCUCGGAGACAGAAACCGCGAGCCGAGUUGCGGGACGAUGCCACUGCCAAGGAGAUUCGCGAAGAUGAACUUCAUCGUAUAAUUGAGACGAUGUUUGAGCCAUUUGAUUACACGCAGAUGUCCUAUCGCGGCAAUGCGGCCGCCGCAUUGGAAGCAGCAGGUAAUCCGGAAGACCAUCUUCCUUUAAAUGGCACCAACACAGGCACCGGAUCAGCAUCCCUACACUCGCGUCAAAUGUCUCAGUCGAAUUCUCAGAGUGGAACGUCUCCUCCCAACUUAAGCGAGAAGUCGUUCCCCAAUCCCAAUGUCGUCCCCGCCGCUGCUGGAUCUGUGCACGACGAAGAAAACGUAUCUCCUUCUUCCCAGGUCCGUCCAUCAGUGACUUCGGCACCUUCGCCAGUUUCGCAGAACCCCGGCGCCCCAUCUUUCAGUCGUCCACUUCCGCCAUUGCCCGCAAACUAUCGCCAUCAGAGAGGAGGAGCAACGCGGAAGAUGAGCAAAGGCGGCGGCGUCCAAAUGGUCUUGGAGGAAACGGGCAGUUGGAGCGAGCUUGCGGAUCAAAGUUCUACCCUACCUGCCGAAGGUUAUGAAGCACUCAUAAGCAAGGGCCAGAAACCGCCGAACAGCGGCAUGCUGUCGUUUUUGAGCCGCAAGAAGGGACGCGAGCGCAGUCCAAAACCCACGGAGCCUGGAGUACUAGGCAAAGAAGGCGCACGCCACAUCAUCAGUAGUUGA